AUGUAUACUUCAGCUUUACUUUCCCUCUUACCCCUCCUCGCUGGAAUAGGCUCCUUACCAGCCAUGGCUCUACCCCACCACCACCAACAACCGAAAUUACCUUUACCCGCUUUACUUCGUCGACAAGCCCAAGGGCAAGGUGCAUUGGACCUACCCCCUUCUCUCAACAUGCCCACUGCUUCUCUAUCUUUAUCGAUUACAGACGAUAUACGACCCACACCUGUACCGGUGGAUCUACCAUCUUUAUGGCAAAUCAACACUGUCCCGCAAACGUUACUCGCCCAGGCACAACCACAAGUGGAAUCAGUCACUUCUUCUCCUGCGGCCUCUGUCACUUCCAGUGGGGAUUUGUAUGUCCAAGAUGCAGAAGAUGUAGAAGUCGCCCCCACGCCCACAGCUGUGAAUAUGGCUACAGUCGAAUAUCAAGGUGAUUCGCUGUUACAGCCUACCUCCAUUUCCAUGGUUAUGGCAGGAAUGGACAUGGAUAUGAGUACAAACACGAACACGAAUAUGGACAUGGAAAUCACGGCCGCUGCGGCUGCCGCCAUUACUUCGAUGGUCGGGAACUUACCUUCGGGCGUUAAUGGUAAUAGUGAAACCAUCACUUCGUUUGCUAGUUCCACUUCAACUGUAUAUUCCACAACGACUAGUUCGGCUGGUACAGGAGCCUCAACGACAUCGAUGGUAUCCACCACGUCUUGUUCAUCCGCCAUAGUCUCUGCAAAGGCCACCGUAGCAGAAGCUGCCGGUAUCACAUCUACGUCUGCGUCCACGUCUGCGUCCACUGAUACCUCCCCGACUCCCUCGACCUCCGCCUCGGACGAUAAGAGCAAGAAGAUCAGAUAUAAGCAUUGUUCCGAUACCAAAGGUACGGUCACGGAGAUAAAAGUGAAUCCAUGUGAGGGUGGUAAAGGAACUAUAUUGGAUCCGUGCCAUUUCCAAGCUGGAAAGAACUACACUAUAACUCUCACAUACGUUUCACCUGAAGAUUCGACUUCACCACGAGCGAACUUGGUGGCGAGAGAUAAAACUAUGUCGGAUGGUCAACAGCAUUUCACUUAUCCCGGACAAUCAUUUGACGCAUGCCAAUAUACUUCAUGUCCUAUCACAAAUCAGGAGACUAAGAGUUAUACAUAUGAGGUUGUGACUACGAAUAAUCGUUUCGAUCAACUUACAUUCAACAUGACCAACGGCCUAGAUGGCGAUUCACUCAUGUGUGCAUAUUUCCCUGUGACUUUUAUGCCGAGUUUAGCAGGUAGGAGUAUGGGGAGGAACGUCCCUUUUGGCGGGUUAGGUGCUAGGUGGUAA